AUGCACGCGGGCGGCAACCUUCGCAACUCGUUUGUGUACAAUCAGGCCAGCACAUUUGCCAUUGCUCCUCCCGCUGAUCCCAACUACAAUACAGCGCCGCGCAUUAAUUCCAGAGUGCCCACACAACCGCAGGUGCAGCCUUCAGCAGCCCUGGACUCUUCGGCUAUUGGCAUGACAGGGUUGAAAAACUUUGGCAAUACAUGUUUCAUGAACUGUGUCAUCCAAUGUCUGGUCGGCACAGUCCCAUUUGCGCGGUACUUUUUGCAGGGAGGUUGGAAGAAGGAUUUGAUUCGCGGUUCUAAGAGCAGCCACUCUGACGUUGUUGUUGAGUUUUCGCGCCUCCUCGACAACAUGUGGCGUGGGCAGUACGGGUCGCUGUCGCCGAUUAGCUUCCGCUCGGCGGUUGGCAACUGCUCGGCUCAGUUCAAGGGCAACGACCAGGAGGACGCGCAGGAAUUUGCCCUGUUUGUGCUCGACACCCUGCACGAGUCCUUGAACCGCGUACAUCCGCGUCCGCCGCCAGACCGUGACAUGACGCCCGACGAAGAGAUCCAGUUUGAGCACCUGCCGGACUUUCAGCAGGCGAACAUACAGUGGGAGCGGUAUACCCGCCGCAACUGGUCAAUCAUGACCAGUAUCUUCCAGGGCCAAGUGCAGUCGCGCUUGACAUGUCUUUUGUGCAAACACACGUCGACCACGUACUUUACGUUCACCGAGCUUUCUGUGCCCAUUCCGACGCCCGGAACCAAGCCCAGCAGUGCCGCAGUUUUGUUGCGCAAGUCGUCGAGCAAGAGCAGCGCCCCUGUGUCCAUCUACCAGUGCCUGGAUGCGUUCUCGGGGAGUGAGAUCCUCGACGGCGAUAACAAGUGGCACUGCCCGCGGUGCAAGACCAAGCGCAAGGCGAGCAAGCGCAUGCUGAUCUCGCGCCUGCCACUCGUUCUCAUCGUGCACCUCAAAAGGUUCUCGACCAUUGGGCAUUUCCGCGAGAAGCUCGAGACCAACGUUGUGUUCCCCACGCGGGAGUUGCAAAUGGAUAACUAUAUGAUGCCUGAUGCGCGCCAGCAGUCGACGACAUCGUACAACUUGUAUGCGGUGGCCAACCAUUACGGCACGCUGUCCUCUGGCCACUACACGGCGAGUGUGUUUAACAGGGUGCGUGGCCAGUGGAACUAUUUUGACGAUACCCGCGUGGUGCCGGUUUCCGAGGACAAGGUGGCUUCGCCGGCCGCGUAUCUGCUGUUCUAUGUACAGAACCAGUGA